AGUUUGUCCUACCUGCCUUGUGGAAUGGACCCCAGGGGUGAAAGAGCUCCUCAGGUACCGUUACUGGCCAAGCACAACAAACUGCCAGACACUAUAUAGUUUUGAUGUCUUUGAAGCUUUUGCUCACAUCAAAGUAUCGGCUCCUUCGAUGUCAAGGCAUGCCUUUCUAAAGCUACUGGAGCACCGUUCUGUUCAGGCUGGAAGGCCGGGGAAUGUCUGUGCAGAUACGUUCCAGAAAAGCUUUUUCGAAUAUUGUUUUUGCAAGCAUACAGAAGAGGUGAUGUGUGAAGUAAAUGACUUUUAUUGUCCAGCAUCAGAGGCAGCAGCAUGACAAGAGCAGAUAACAGUGGAACAUGUGGCGUUUCAAGAUUCAGGGCGAGUAAGGAGACGUCAAAAAAAUCAUCGUCCAAAAUAGAUGAAGAGGGGAUACAAGUGGCAGCCUGCAGACACGGGAUAUUGCUGCGAGGACUGAACCACUACCGUGGCGAGGUCUUCGCCUACCCAAUGUUUUUACAGAGGGAAUUGUCAGAGGGCCAAUGUCACUUUCUUCUGCAUGGAUGUUGUCUGCAGGUAAUUUUUCUCUGUCAUAUUGAAACUCGGUCAACCUACUGUACAUUAAGUGUCAAGUGCCUGUUUUUUUUUCAGUCGUUUUAUAUUGAUGGCCAGGCAAAGUGUUGGUUAAUGCCUACUAAUGCUGUGCUUCUUUUUAGGUACUGGCCAUACCUAAGCAAAGUGACUGAAGAAUCAUCAGAUCUUCAACCGCUGAUGGAAAUGAUGCCAUUUCUCAGUGUGAUGCAUGCCAAAGCUCAUACAGCAAAAUGCGAGGUGAGAUGGGGCGGCAGGAAUCAGGAUGGAGCAGGGAACACUGUUGGAGAGGAAGUUGAGCAAGUAAACAGCUUUCUCUCCAGGGCAGCUCUUGUCACAAAGUACAUGACAAAGGCAGGUUGGUAUGACACAUUACAAACCAUACUCUGUGAUGAGGGAGAGAGAAUAUGCUCACUCAACAGGCCAUGGGGUGGAACAGAAAGAAGACAGAGAACCUUCACAAAGUCUUGGCCCGCAGAUACAUCAAAGUAAGGACAUUUCCCAAUGGUCCUCUUGCCUGACACAACAUACAUUUUAACAACAAACAGCAGAGCUGGAGUCCAUCCAUCUGUAAUAAGCUCAUUCAUUCAUUCA